UGACAACAUUAUGUUUUUUAGAUUUUCAGUAUGUCUGAGAACGUUGCAAGACUGAAUGCAUAUGUAAACAGUCCUAAAUUGUGUCCAAUUACAAAACAAAACAUGACAAUACCAUUUAGGGCUUGGUUAUGCGAAAAUUAUUUUUGUAAUGAAAUUGUCUCUACGUUAUAUUACAGGGACAACUUCUGAUUAUAUUAUUUGUCUGGUAUAUGUGUUACUACAUGUACCAUAUACGGUUAAUUACUCUCCAAAACUUAAUCGAUAUAACUAGUUAACAACACUACUAGGAGUUUUGGGUACUUUGGGGGUCAUGACUGGUGUUUACCUUUAUUUAGUGACUCAAUAGCAAGGCUACUAAGACAUUCCGUGCCAAAUACUUAGGAAUGGGGGAGGAGGGAAAGCAAAUCGUUCAAGCACAUGUGGCAAUGGGCGUGGAUUUGGCAGUGUAUCGUUCACGGGUCGGUCAGUUUGUGCCUCGACCAGUGAAGGGUAUUGUGUCAAACAUUGACUACCUGUGUAAAGCUAUCGCCAGUGUUCGGGGUGGCCUGAUACGACAAGAUGGAUUAAACAGCAAGGGGGCUGUUACAUUCAUUGGUCUCCUCCUGCGUGCACAGGGCAUAGAGCCGAAUCCAGGUCCAGGACCAGGAAAGGGAGAUGAACAUUCAUUUGCAGACGCACAGAUGGAAGACAAUGACGAUAUCAACAUCACACUCCACAGUAACACUGACCCAAACAUGGCUGACAGGAUUAGCCAGUUUAUGGAAUCUGUUCUACCUGUCAACAAUCCCACCAAUAAUGGAAGUAGUCAAACAGACGAGUACGAAGGCGCAGUAGCAAUACCUGGUCCUUCUUCCGGAGCAAUUGCCAAAACAACCAUUGUACCUCAAGUGGUGGUCAAUUACCAUGACAACAGAAAAUAUAAUGAAGAGAUUCGCGUAGAAAAUAUGAAAGUGAAAAACGCUGAAAAUGUAUGCACAGGACAGACUAUCAUCCAUACUGGUUUGUAUAGAUUCAAUCUUGUUACUGUUUUUUUUCCUAAUUGUCCCUUGAUAUUUUAUUCGUGAACACUUUAUUUCGUGGUGAAGUGAUUAUCUUUUACAAUGUUGAUAGUUAAUAUUUAUGUGUGGAAUUAAUAUUCAAGAAUAAUUAAAACUUGCAAGUGAGCUCCUUUUCGCCUUUUGGCCGGCGUUGUGCGUCCGUAAACAAUUUAUUUCGACCUCCUCUCCAAAACCCCUGCAGAAACCU